UUUCCCUUGGUCAAUUCUGAGAGGUAGUAAUGAGAUGAUGAAAAGUGUAAAUUUGAGCUUCUACAAGUUUGAGGAAUAUGAUGUUUUAACUUAGAUAAGUUAAGUGGAUAAAAAGAACUGAAAAUGACAACCCGUGCAGCAACAUUCAAUUCAAAGAUCAAGAAUCUAAAGGACUAUAGAUUUCGGAUUUUAAACAACUUGACCCCACAGCCCACUGGGAUUGAAAUCGAAAACACACUGAAGUACUUUUCCCAGACUUUAAGAAGUGUAUUGAAGGAUGUCCCCAACAUUCCAGCAGAGAGCUAUGGGCCACGACAGAGGGACAGUGUGCGGCAGUCGGUUUUUCCUAAUCUGAACUACACAGGGUUGUAUUAUGCCAUCCUGAAUAUGAUUGACAUUGUACCUACAAUGCAGAUGAAACAGAUAGAAAUAGGGGAGUAUGUUCUUAAGGUUCUGGGAUGCCUUGUUCCAUUUUUGGAGCACGAUCUACUGGAUUCUCUACCUUACACAGUGGCUUCAACGUUAGCAAUAUUUCCUCCUACAUUACACAAGGACACCAUUGAUCUGCUUUGUAGCAACAUGCUGCCAAUGACUCUGGGUUAUGAUGGCUGCUUUGAACCUUCCUAUGCCAGCGAGUCAGCUGCUGCCAUUAUAACGAUGGUUCUCCAGCAUACAGACAAUGGUUCAUUCCACUCACAGAUUUUAGAAUGUUUUAUGAGCAUUAAAAGAGACCUUAUUAAGGACAUCCUUAGUAUUGUGGCCUAUGGACCUUUCACUGCCAGAGCACCUGCUGCCAAUCUGUUGUUUUAUUACUGGCCUCAGCUUAAUCCUGCUCUGACAGAUAGAAGAGGAAUCCACUACAAGUACACAGCUUGGCCUCCAGUACUCUGUCAGAGACAAGGUUGUGUUAACUCAGGGAACUGUCAGGCUGUCAAGAUGUGUUUAAACCCUGCCCUGGCCAUUCACUCUGGAGACAAGCCCCCUCCCCUGUAUAUCUGUAGUGACUGCGCUGAUGAACUGAGAAAGGAACACAGUGAAUACAUCACGGAUAUUCUACUGCCAAUGUCACAUGUAUCAACUGUCUGUGAAAAUAAGAACUGCAGAUCUGAAGACAAUCUUGCUGUUUGUACAUGUUUCUCUAUUGAGUGUGCCAGCUACAAUGGCAAUCGACCAAUCAGAUACUGUGAGUACUGUGACAGCCAGCGCCACCAUGGACAGAAAGGAGAGCUCCACAUCUACCACCGCAGUAUUCCAGAAAUAUGGGACUGUAACAUGGAGGUCCAGAGGUACCUUACUGAUGGCAUUGUCAGGUAAG